AUGGAUGAUAAAGGGGUCUUUUUGGCGACUGGGAUUGAACUUGGAAAGGCUCGUGAUUUGGGUCCAAAAGUCUACUUUGGGCAGGCUUUUAAAUUGAGUCCAUUGGUAGCUGUAAAUGUCGGAGUUGUGGAUGUCAUAUGUGCCCAUGAUCUUGUUGAGUUUUUUGUACUUGAGUCGGUGCUGCCGACCCUGGAGUCUGAAAGUGAGUACCCUCGCCAUGUCAUUGCGGGCAUAGGUGGAGAGGAAUUCGAGUGUAGGCUACUUGCAGAGGUGCUCCAUAGAAUCAUGGAGGUAAAAUUUUGUGGCACGGAUUGCACGCUUUUGAAGGUUGGAUUUCAAUUCUCGGCUUUGGGCACUUAUGAAGGUAAGGUUCCCAUCACGAUCAACAUGAAUUGGAUGGGAGGUGGUGACAGGAUUGGGUUUUGUUCGGUUUUCCGGCGAGGUCGAGAAUGGUGGCAGCCGGCGGAUGUUUUCGGAGUAAAAAGGGGGGUUCUAUUCGAAUUUAGGUGGGGAAGGUGGUGGCGGUGGAGCAUCAACGAAGGGAGCAGCGGGGAGGUGACUGCGGCGAGGUGCGCUUUUCCAGCGAGGAGAUGGAGCGGCAAAAUCGAGGCUACCGACGGUUGCUGGAGGGAGGCGCUGAUUGUCGUUAAUAGAUUGCAGCAGUAG